CGACCGUGACCAGGGAUUGGGCAUCAUCACGAUCCGCCGUCUUCAGCCGGGCAGCUUGCUAUAUCGCACCGGCAAGCGAUGCUACGCUCCUCCGUCUAAAUGUCGCCUCCCUACGACAAUCGGGGCUCCUCCCGCUCGCGGCGAGGCGUCUGGAGCCAUUGGGUGCCUCUUGCGGUCACCCUCACCGUCGCCACGGCUGGCCUCGCCGCCUGGGUCUGGAGCCAGCGCAAGGAGAGUCCCGAAGACCACACCACUGAGCCGGAUCCCGGCCUGGACUAUGAAAAUGCGGACUAUGGAGAGAAUCCGGCAUAUGGUGCUUCAGCAGAGAGGCGCAGACUGGCGCCGCCGCCGGAUCAGGGCCGCCAACGCGACCAGAGCUAUGCGACUGGAUCUGACAACGCAGAGGGAUGGGGGUCGCGAGUGAGCAGCGCGUUUACAUCAAACCCCGGAAAGACUGUUGCUGCUGGCGUCGCUGCUGCUGGCGCCGCCGUUGGCAAGGCGCUGGCCUCGAUCCGUGAGGAAGACAAGCCUGAGCACGAUUCGACCCCCUGGCCCGAAGAGAGAGAAGUCCGAAGAGAAAAGGGGCCUGCUCCUCCUCAGUCUGUCCACAAGAAGCGCAAGACGGUUGCCAUUGUCAUUUCUGCCGAUUCCCAGUUUACAGACGACGACGACGACAUUACCCACGAACAUGCUUCAAUUCUUAACCACAUUCCUCGCCAUAAUGACCUGUCUGCCAUCAAGCUCUUUGUGCUCAUCUACGCGCCAAGCUUGAAGGAUAGCACGGUUGAUACCACUACGACUCAAACUCCCGAGGCGAAGAGCCCUGUCCUUGGCGCUACCCCGGAGAACACCUUGUUCAACGCCGUCUACUCUGAAGCACUGGCUCUUGUUGAUAAAGAGACUAUGAUUCUUCCGUUCACCACGCCCAAUGGCCACACUCACGUCCUCCGCCACCUGCAGCCUGACGUUAUCUAUCUCCAAGAGUCUCUCUCUGGCGACAACGGCAGCUACAUUACUAACAUUCAGACAUGGCUUCGUCACGACAUCAUCUUGGUUGUGGGCGCCGAAGACGGAUCCGGUGGACUCGCCGACAGUGAAUCUGAAGCUGAAAAGGCUGCUGACAAGCCCGAGAAAUGGUGGCAGCGACCCGAGCGCGUCGGUCGUGGACGAGGCAUCGUUGUUGUCGAUAGCGUGCGCGUAAAUGAUGAUUGGACACGCAGAGUUCAGGGCCGGGAGUAGAGCAGGCGAGCGAGUUUUGUUUGAUGGUACCUAGGUACGUAUCAAAGUAUUUAAUGAAAUGGAAUAUACCGGGAAGCUGGCUGUGUAGAUUUGUAUAUACCUACCUUUAGCUACUAUUUGAUUUGCUUUAUUUAUCAGUGCGAUUUAUUAAAUAGAUACUUUAUCACCGCGCUGUCAUCUAAUGACUGUGUUUGGAGAGAAGAGACGAAGAAG